CUCCUUCCCCUCGCGUUUAUAAUAAGACGCCGGUGCGCUGCUCCGGUGGCAACCUCGCCCUCGCGCCUCCCUUGUUCUCAUUUCUGACCACCGACGGGGGAGAUGGCGUCGGAGCCGGUGGCGCGGGCCGUGGCGGAGGAGGUGGCGCGGUGGGGCGGGAUGAGGCAGACAGGUGUCAGCCUGCGCUACAUGAUGGAGUUCGGGGCGCGCCCCACGGAGCGCAACCUGCUGCUCUCCGCGCAGUUCCUGCACAAGGAGCUCCCCAUCCGCAUCGCCAGGCGCGCGCUCGACCUCGACUCCCUCCCCUUCGGCCUCUCCCAUAAGCCCGCCGUCCUCAAGGUGAGAGAUUGGUACUUGGAUUCGUUCCGUGACAUCCGGUACUUCCCGGAGGUGAGCAACCAGGACGAUGAGCUAGCAUUCACCCAGAUGAUCAAGAUGAUCAGGGUGCGUCACACAAAUGUGGUGCCCACCAUGGCAUUGGGUGUGCAGCAGCUGAAGAAGGACCUGGGUGGUACAAAGGCAUUCCCCUCUGGAAUUAAUGAGAUCCAUCAGUUCCUUGAUCGCUUCUACAUGUCAAGAAUUGGGAUCCGCAUGCUGAUAGGGCAGCAUGUUGCUUUGCAUGAUCCUGAUCCAGAGCCUGGCGUCAUAGGGCUCAUAAACACAAGAUUGUCCCCCAUGCUGGUGGCUCGACUUGCUAGUGAAGAUGCACGCGCUAUUUGCAUGCGAGAAUAUGGAUCAGCUCCUGAUGUCAACAUAUAUGGGCACCCAGAUUUUACGUUUCCAUAUGUGACAAUACAUCUACAUCUUAUGAUGUUUGAAUUGGUGAAGAAUUCUCUUCGUGCAGUACAAGAACGAUUUAUGAACUCUGAUAAACAUGCACCUCCUGUUAGGAUCAUAGUUGCUGAUGGAGCAGAGGAUGUAACUAUCAAGAUUAGUGAUGAAGGUGGUGGAAUACCAAGAAGUGGCCUCCCAAGAAUAUUCACCUAUCUCUACAGUACAGCAGAACACCCACCUGAUCUAGAUGGCCAUAAUGGAGUGACAAUGGCUGGGUAUGGUUAUGGGCUCCCAAUUAGUCGUCUUUAUGCUCGAUAUUUUGGCGGGGAUCUGCAAAUAAUUUCUAUGGAGGGAUAUGGAACUGAUGCUUACCUCCACUUAUCACGUCUGGGAGAUUCAGAGGAACCCUUGCCUUAAGAGAUUCAGAAGGACCCAUUACCUCAUUGACCUGCUGCUCUGAUAUCAUUUGCUGUUAUUAGGAUGAUGUAAUUGUUGGCUAGUAUGCAAAUAUCGUUACCAAGGCCAGCCAUCAAUAUAUGAUUCAGCUGUUCUGCUCUAGUCAAUAUAUGUGGAAUGACACCAUAACCAAGGCUCUAGUUUUUUCUUACCGUCAUUGGAAUUUGGGUAGAAUGACGUUGCAGAACUACUUGUCUAAAAUUGUUUACUAGAGGCAGCUGGUUUCAUUUAAAAUAUGUCACCGUCAACAUAAUCUGAGCAUGUCUGCUACAGAGCUCAAAACGGGAAGUCCUCACAUACUUCCAGUGCGUCUCCUUGGCAUCUUUACUAAAAGAAGGAUUACUGGCAGGAGUUUCCUUUUGCAUUGCCAAUCAAGUUAAUUUCUAUUUUUUACAAGUGAUUUGACUUUAUUUAUUAACCAUACACUUGGAAUCUAUAUCUGCACUGAACUCUUGGAGGGUUUGCCCACUCUUCUUACUGCUAUAGACUGAUGGUUCCCGUUCUGAAUAACUAGUAAAAUGCACGUGCUUUGCACGUUGGUUUGUAAAAAAUGGAGAAACAUUUAAUCAUAAUUUUGUAGAAUUUUGAACUUGAAUAGAUGUAGCUACGAUUUAAUGAAUUAGAAGUUGGGUUAAUUUCUUCAUUUAUAAUUGUUUUGUCACUUCUUAUCACAUUGUGAGGCAUACUCUAUGGCCAAUCAAAGGGCACUCAUCUUCUGCGAAGCUUGAAGGCACCAUGAAGACAUUGGUCUUUAUAUUCUCAAGGGCAUCCGCUUCAACACGCAUGAUUUCUUCAUCGCUUCAACACGCAUGAUUUCUUCAUCAGGCAACUGACUGCUUCAUGCAUUGAUCUCUUUGGCCAGAAUUUUUAUGCUCCAUGAAUGAUGCGGCUGAUUAAGCUUCGCUCCACCAUCAAUUACCAAGCUUCAGUCCGCAAUCAUGUUGUCUUCUUGUUUGAGGUGGAUAUGUCACAUGAAGCCAUAUAUCCUCAUCCAGCCAAAGAACCACUCCGUAAAGACAAUGCUGCCUUUCAGAGCUUCUCUGCUCCUAUUGAAGCUACUCAUGUUCCAAAUCCUGUUGUUGCUGGUCCACUUGCAGCUUCGUCUGCCGCAUUGUGCUCACACUGAUGCAACAACCAGCACAGUUCCUCAGAGGGCUUUGAAGCGUGCUCGAGUACUCAAAUGAUAGAGAAUUUUUAGUUUCUCUUCAUCAAAAGCAUGAUAGGCAUCACGAUUGGAUGAAACACUAGAUGCAAAGUCUUCUUGUUGAUGUCAAUCGUAUCCGCAACCUCUCCAGCAAGAAUUCUUUUGUUGCUCAUGAAGCCGACCAGCGUGCUUGGAAGAGCCUCACAAUGCCACAAUGCUUUGUUCUGAAGAUGAUCUCAUUGCUGAUGGCUUCAUCGAGCGCUUCAAGUUUGACUCCAAGUCUCCGGAAUAGGCCAAGUGGCGUCCUACACCAUCCAUUGAAGGCUCCAACUACUCAUCAUUCAUCCUAAUUGUUAUUGCACGCGUGACUGAUGAGGAGGACGACAUCACUUCACCAGCAAUAGCUUCACUGCAUCAAGAUGUUGCAUCAGGCCCUACUGCACUACCCAACUCCAACGUUGACCUGCCGCAACAACAUCUUCACCGCCGCCUCCCGAGAACACUUAGACGCCCUAUGUCUUUAUUCCUUUUUGGUCAUUCGAUGACAAAAGGGGGAGAAGCAUAUGCGUUGAUAGUCUUCAAGCGGGUUUAUCGGGUCAGGUGCUAUAUUUUUGUUAAGUUUGCAACAGCUGGUUUUUGACAAGGCAAAUUAUUUAUAUGCACAUCUUUAGGGGGAGCCCUUCAACUUCA